AUGGGCACUGAAAACGAUAUAGUCGCCAAAUUUGAUAUCAAACUCGAUGCUGGAGAUGAUCCUGUCUUCAAAGGUGCGUUUGCUUUUUCAAAAAAAAGGGAGAUGAGGAGAUUGUGAAAUUGAAACUACUUGUUGCGAAAUUUAAAGUCAGGAGGGUAUUAGAAAAAGACAAAUUUUGAUGUUGAAAUUUUUAGAAUGUAUGUAUAUCGUUUCAGAAAAAAACGAGGGACCUUUUCAAAAAUUAUAAUUUUUCAGGUGGUGAAGUUAUCACUGGAACUUUAUUUAUCGAACUUCGCAAAGAAAUCAUCAUCAAUGAAGUUAAGCUUCAAAUGAAAGGAAGAGCCGCCUGGCUUAACGAUCCUCUCAAAAAAGAUGAUAUUGAAAAAGUAAGAAAUCUCACCUCAUUUAAAUUCUAAAUUGUUUCUCAAUUUCAACAAAAACUGUUUCAGGUAUACUUUGAUCAAGAUUUCACACUUCUCGAACGCCCACCAGGCAAACCAGAACCAGGACAUUUCCAAUGGAUUGGUGGAUUCACAUACAAACUUCCAUUUGAAUGCCCAUUACCAAAAGGAUGUCCAAGCACUUAUGAGGGACCACACGCUUUUAUUAGAUAUUUUAUUAGAGCUAGUUUGGUGCAAGAGGAUGAGUUUGAAAAAGUGGUGAGUUGAAUGAGGAUAAAAUAAGGCAGUCUCUGAAAGGGUCCCCUGAAUGGGGCCUUCCUCCUCCAAAAAAGGGUCCCCUGAAUGGGUCCUAGUGUUUGUCAUUUCACCUGAAUGGGACCGCGCGUAGCACAUGUCAAAAAAUGGCGAAAAAAGGGUUUUUGUCACUUUCCUGAAUGGGUCCUCUAAAAAAUGGGGCCCAAAAUGCAUUUGGCGUUUUCCUGAAUGGGACCAACCUCUUGUUUUGUCACUUUCCUGAAUGGGACCUCAAAAAAAGGGGCCAGUUGUAGUUUUGUCAUUUUCCUGAAUGGGUCUUGUAAAUUUUUAUUUUGUUGAUUUCGUUUCGGAUCGCCCAUAGCCAUUUUUCAACUCGAAAAAUGAGUUAUAAUUUUUUAUCUACUCUGAUCUUUCCAGUCAGAAUAUCGGAAAUAAAAUUUCAAAUAAUUCCCUCCAAAUUUUUUUUGAAACGAUUAUUUUCGAAGUUAUUUUGAGACGACGAAAAAGAACAAUUUGGAUUUUUUUCUGAAAUUGAUACAUUGAAAAUAAUUAUUUCGACACAAUUUUCGAAAAAUCUGAUAUGAGAUAUUCUAUUUCGAACAGUCGAUUGUGAAACACUCCUACUAUUUGCAAGUUUUUUUGAGAAUCAUUAGUCAGUAGAAACUCAAUUUCACCUCAUUUUCAAAAAUAAAGUUGGCUUGAAAAUGGACCUGCUAAAGAGCCAUAUUUUUGAAAAAAAAAACUAAUUUUCAAACUUUCCCUAAUUAUUGGCUUAUGACAUUUUAAUGCGCAAUCUCAGUGAACAACGGAAGGGAAACUUCCCAAAAAACGUGAUCUCGUUCUCCAAAAAUACGCACUAUUUUCUUCUUGGACGCAUUCUUUUUUAGGGCCAAAGUGCGAAAAUUUUUGACAGGUGUGAAAAUAGAGAUGACAUUUUUGUAUAACUUUGAAUUUUGUUUAAAUUUUGCAAUCAAAAACUCUAAUUUUGUAAGAAAUUACGACUUAGUUGAUGAAAUUCGUGUCUUUGUUGAUAAAAUGUAGGUUAGAAAGAUAUAUGAAAUUUUGAAUUGCAGUGAGGCUUGUCGUGAGUAUUCUAGUGAAAGUUUUCAAAGAAAUCUCGGAAACAAUAAGAAAAAUGCAUUACAUGUAUCCUAACCGAUUCCGAGGCUUCUUUCAAUAAUUACACAAUUGUUGUUCUUUUUCGUCGUUUCAAAAUAACUUCGAAAAUAAUCGUUUCAAAAAAUUUGGAGGGAAUUAUUUGAAAUUUUAUUUCCGAUAUUCUGACUGGAAAGAUCAGAGUAGAUAAAAAAAUUAUAACUCAUUUUUCGAGUUGAAAAAUGGCUAUGGGCGAUCCGAAACGAAAUCAACAAAAUAAAAAUUUACAAGACCCAUUCAGGAAAAUGACAAAACUACAACUGGCCCCUUUUUUUGAGGUCCCAUUCAGGAAAGUGACAAAACAAGAGGUUGGUCCCAUUCAGGAAAACGCCAAAUGCAUUUUGGGCCCCAUUUUUUAGAGGACCCAUUCAGGAAAGUGACAAAAACCCUUUUUUCGCCAUUUUUUGACAUGUGCUACGCGCGGUCCCAUUCAGGUGAAAUGACAAACACUAGGACCCAUUCAGGGGACCCUUUUUUGGAGGAGGAAGGCCCCAUUCAGGGGACCCUUUCAGGAACUACCUAAAAUAAAGCUAUGAAAAUAGACAUAAAAGGAGAAUUAUUGAUUUAUAAAAUUUUAUGAACAUUGUAAUGAUGAACGAAAAUCGAAAGUCUACUGAAACUGACCAAUUUUUUUGCAGCACGAAUACUAUGUCAAGAAAGCGUUCACAUUGGUUGCACCAUCUGAAGGUCAUUUAGUUAUUGGUGAGCAAGUCAACUGUCAAGAUGAAGCCACUUUAGGAAAAUGUUGCUGCAAAUCAAAGGUUUGAUUAUAACUCGGAUAAUAUAAACUGUAAAUUAUGAUUAUUUUUAGCUCUCCGCAAGUUUGUCAUUACCAAAGACUGGAUAUCUACCAGGAGAAGCUGUGUUUGGAACAUUGAGUAUUGGCAAUAAACAUCCGAAAGAUAUUCUUGAACAUGUUAGUUUUGAUUUUGAAAAUUUAUUCUGAUAUUGAAAAUGAUAGUAAACAUCAAUGUUUCAGAUGGAAGCUAGAUUAGUAGACAGAGUUCGACGAAUUGGAGCACCUGAAAUUGCCGCAGCUUCACCUUGGAGAACUCUUUUUGUUAGAAAAUUGGAAUCAUCUCAUGAAACACCAAACAAAGUUAAAGGACCAUUUGAGCAAACUGGAAUUUAUUUGCUCACAAUUCCACCAGUUGCACCAAGCACCAAAGAAGAUUAUGAAGAACCAUCUAAAAUUGAGCAUAUUUUAAGCCCAUAUGGUAAAUUGCUCGAGAGUCCGUCAACUGCAACAUUGCGAUUUAGAAAAAUUCCAUUUUUGAAAAUUGAAUAUGGAAUUCAGGUUACUUUGGGAACCCAUAUUUUAUUGGAAAUUCCAAUCACAAUUGGUGAACUUUCUACUCGAGAUAAAUCCAAUACUUUGGAGUCAUUUAUUACUGGACCACAACCAGUUGAAGAAGCUGAUGAAAAAGGAAAAAUUGCGGUGAAUGGCCCAUUUGUAUACACUCCAGUUUAUCCUUAUCCAAAAGAAGAAACACCGCAACAAAAUGGAAAAGCUGCGAAUAUUCAAGUGACCCAUACAACUCAUAGUGGCCAUCAAAAUGAACCAGAAAAAACAAUUAUCACUACAACACAUACUGUUGUAACACAUUCAGAUGGACAUGAAUCGAAGACUAUGGAGGAAACUGUGACACAAACAGAGGGAGAGGUUAUUAAAACUGUUCAAGAAAUUACUGUCAAUGAGGAUGGUAUCAAGAGUGAAAGAACUGAAACAGUGAGUUUUUGAAAAUACUUGUUGUAUAUUUUCUCAAAAAAAAUUGAAAUUAAAUCCCAAAAUUAGUUAAUUUUUCAGACCGUCAUCGAUGCAUCUGGAAAUGAAAACACAUCAGUAGAAGAAUCAAAAACUCGUGUAGCUGAAAGUGCCGAAGUGCCAGAAAUCAUCAAAGAAGCUCGUGAAAAAAUUGAAGAACUCGUAGAAGAACGAAAACAUCAUAAUGAAGCUGCAAGUCCAGUUGCUUCAGAACCAACUGUCGAAACUUCGGUGAACGAAGAUGGAGAAGAGAUUAUUGUUUCCAGUGAGGUAAGGAUUUAUUAAAAUUAAAAAAAUUAAAAAUAAAAAUAAAAUUAUUUUCAGACAAUUCAAGAUGGUGACACUGUGAUCAUCAAAACCACAACCAUUACAAAACAUGCGGAUGGAAGUGAAUCAACACUAAUUCAAGAACACACAACAACUGAAACCAUCACAUCAUCGGAACAAUAA